CCAUUUCCCCUCUAUGGACGCUCUCCAGAGCAUCUCUGGGCCCGCGCCGCGCAGGGGACGCACCGCUGCUCGAGGAGUUCGAGGUCUGCACCGCGGACACGGCGUACUUUCCCGAGUGGCGCUCCUUUUUGCCGUGCACCCAGCGCGUAGUCAAUCUGCCGAGGUUGCGCUCGGUGACGCUGCACCACAUCUCGUUCGGGCUGAUGGGUCCGUUGCUCGUGAAGCCACCGGCAUCGGACGCACCAGGGGCGCUGAGCUCCCUCACGAACAUCACACUGCGCGCGCUGCCCGGGAUGGUCAUUCCCCUCAAUCAGGUGCUCGCGCUCGUCAUCGCGAACCCCAUGCUCGAGGCGCUCGUACUCUACUUCCCCGCCAUACAACCCCCUGUCCUUCCGCUCUCCUCCUACCCGCUCAUCACGCUCCCGCACCUCCGCACCCUCGCCCUCGGCGGCCGCCCCAUCCUCACGCACCUCGUUGACAAGCUCGCGACGCCCGCCCUGCGCUCCUUCGCCUGGGACAUCGACGCGCGCGGCCCCGAGCGCGUCUCCCUCCGCCACGUCCUCCAGCGCCUCCUCAAGCGCUCCGGCCCCGAGUCCGGGUCUUCAAUCGAGGAGCUCGCAAUCAACUGGGGCUUCCCUUACCCUGUCGGCCACCCCUUCCGCCCGCCGCCCUCCGCUGCCCCCGAGGACCUCGCGCUCAGCCCGUACGCCAGCCCGCCCCUCAUUGGGGGGCUGCGCCGCCUCCUGCGCCUCGUGCCCAACCUGCGAACCCUCAGCCUCGCCGAAGUCCCCCUCGACCUCGUCUUCGGCGUCCUCGGCGGCUUCGGCGACGCCGAUAUGGACGCCAACGCCAACGCCAAUGACUCAGACGACGACGAGGACGCGGCGAUGGUCGCGACCAGCUUCACGGGCUGGACGUCGCCGGCGUGGGCCGCGCCCGCGAGCGACGACGGCGCGGGGGUGAAUGGGCUGGGGGGCGCGGGCCCGCAGGUGGGCGGGGUGUACGUGUGCCCGCGGCUGGCGAGGCUGGCGCUGCGGUGCUGCUCUAGCGUCCAUGUGCAAGAGGCGCUCCGGCGGAUGGUCGGGUUCGUGCAGGGGCGGAAUCCGGCGCGGGGCGGGGGUGCGGGUGCGUGGAUGGGAGCGCACGGUGCUACGUCUGGCGGCCACACCGCAGGUGCUGGGGCGCAUAGUUCGGGUAUUGGACACUCUUCCUGGGUCGGCCAUGGCCAGGGCGCCGCGCAAGUGUCCUUCCUAACCGGCAAGCCCGUACGUUUGGAGGAGCUCGAGAUGGUCGGGUGCACCAGGAUCGAGCCGGAUAUCGGGCACUGGCUAGAGAGCAAGAUCCCCAAUAUAGUGUGUCAGUCGAGCGAGCCGCAAUCCAGGGAAGGGACGCCUUUUUCGCCGUCGUCGCCUUGAGGUGUCUGUAGCUGACACCCUCCAAGUAUCUGUACCUUCAUUUUCACCUCGCUUUGUUCACCUUUGCC